GUUAAACAGCACCUGUCCAUGCUGUACUAGCGCUCCUCUUUCGCGAGCGCUUUAUAGGCUGGAACAAGUUAUCGCGACCCCAAUGAUCGAUUUCGGACCAGGAUGAAAUCCUUUUCCGACUUCCCAGACGAAAUUUUGCACGACAUCCUGGCCCAUGUCUUUUGGGUAGACGAGGAUGUAUUUGCAUGCCCGAAACCCAUGUCGUCCCUCUGGGCGGUGUCCAAAGCUACAGAGGACGGGAGCAACACCCAAGAAACGCAGCACCACGACGACAUUACUCGAACGGCUGUUCCACUCGUGUGUAAACGAUGGCUUAACGUGAGCACUCCUCUGCUCUACGAAACCGUUUUCCUUCGUACACGGCCCCAAGUCGUCUGUCUUGCCCGCACAUUGCUCAGCGAUUACACCCUUGGCCAAAAUAUCCGAAAACUCAGGGUAGAAUGUGGGUUGGGUGUACCAGUCAACAAGAUAUUGCAUUUUGCACCGAACAUAGCACAGUUCGUCGUUGAGUUGGUUUGGGAGAAGGAAGAGCACACAAUAGGUCUUGGAGCUGGAUUGCAGGCUAUCAAUCCAUCAAAAAUCGUUUUGAUUCAACGCUCUAUGCCCCGCUACAAUCGGCGCAUCUCACCUCUCAUCGCGGAGCUGUGUCAAUACAUCCCGACCUGGACGAAAUUGACAACGCUGAGAUACCCCUAUGACCGGUUUCCAAGUCUAUCUUCCAAGGAUAUUACCACUGCGCUCCAAAAGAUCCCCCAUUUACGCACGCUCUACGUUCAAUGCGGGUAUUCAAUCGAUAGGACGUUAUUGGUCUCGCUUCUCGGCCCUCAAGGAGACAGUAUAACGGAGAUAUACAGCGAAGCCCCGUUGAUGGACAACGAAGACAGUCGUAUGUUUCUGACGCUGGCCGAGUUUUCCAAGUUGCGGCAAAAAGUGUUGUUCCCCGUUCCCGGUCCGUGGUCCGUGAGGCCAUAUAGGGCCUGUGCGCGGGAAGAUGAUAUAGCAAGUUGAAUCUUAUCUGGACAGCGUAAGCUGGAGUGUUUAUGCAGAUUCCGUCUGGGAAUUUGGAUCUACAUGCAAGUCGAAUCCCCAUCUAGCUUCGUGGCCUCGAGCUGCUGUGAGGAACGAUGACGACUUUCCAUGAUCCUGUAAGAAGAUGAACUCACCCCCGCUUUUCUUUUCAUUUCGAAGUAGUCUCUAUGUAACCCGCAUUCUGUCUUACCUUGCUUUCCUGCCCAUCGGCCCGCCCGCUCGCCGGCAUCACCCUCA